AUGAGCUAUAACCAUCUCUUCAAGGUGAGUCUUCCUUUUUGCUUUCCACAUCUACGGUAUUAGUCACUCACUUUCCGAAUUUUACGAUUUCACGCUUCGUCGUCUGUUUUGUACAAAGUAUUGCCGUAGGUUCUUCCACGCAUAACUGAUUUAGCACGUUAACAAUGCGGGUAAUUUAUGGACGCGGUGGAGUAGAAUUAUGGACAUAUUAUGCCGGAGAAAACAUACUGGUCCCAACUGGUUUAGGUCUUGGCACCUUGUUCUAAAACGAGACCUCGUUUGUGCCAUUCAAACGUGGUUUCAUGACCAAACGGUACUACAAACACACGCCAAAUGCGCAUAUAUUAUAAUUAGAUUUGAGACGAGCGAACGCGUACGUACAAUGCCCUCGCGACAGCUAAUCGGAUGCCACCUCUACAAAGUAGCAAUCAAUUGCAGAUCGUUGUGGUGGGAGAUCACAAUUGCGGAAAGUCAUGCAUCCUUCUGCGAUUUGCUGAAAACAAUUUCCGAAUGGAUCACAUCAGCACUCUGGGCGUGGAUUUCAAAUUGAAAACAAUCAAGUUGGGAAGGGAUAAGGUAAGUUCUUCGAAGAAGUUUUUCUACUGAACCUUUGCCAAUCUUCUCACUAUUUACUUUCCCUCCACUCUGUUUACCAAGGAUUUCCGCUCCUGUAUUACUCUUUUGUCGCGUGUAUCGUCAUUUCUUUUAGAAAUAGGAGCGCAUCGCACACAAAUAGUAUUAUCUUAUCGUGAAACCAUUUUUUUUAUGAGACCGCCCACGCAAACAGGGUAGUGAUUCACCAAUAGGAGCCUUGCUGAUUGUCAUCUUUCUGGUCACCAAUUUUCGCCGUGAUUGCAGAUCCGAUUAGAACUAUGGGAUACCGCUGGAAUGGAAAGAUACCGGACAAUAUACAACUCGUACUAUCACUCAGCCCACGGAGUCAUGUGCGUCUACGAUAUGACAAACGAGAAAUCGUUUGAGAAUCUGGAAAAGUACUGGCUGAAAGAGAUCAAGCAGCACGCGCCGGCGAACGCAGUUCUCAUGCUGGUGGGCAACAAAGCGGACCUGGAUCAGGAACGGAAGGUUAGUCCGUUUCCGAUUCGCUGCCGAUUCGUUCUUACUGUCGUCGCCCAUAAAUUUAACGCUGGCUGACCAUCUGUCCGCUACUAAACGCCUUGUUGAGUGCGUAUGGCACGUGUUGCCAUUUUUGGAGAGGCCAUGGACAUUGGCAUAAGAGAUGAAGACGCGCAGGUGGGUGAAACAAGUACCAGCCGCUUCCUUGCUAUCCUAUUAGCCCGAAUUACUCAGAGGUCGACCUCUUAGGGGGGCCUCUCUUCCCGUCACUUCUAACAAACCGAUUUUAUGAAUGUAUGUACAUUUACGUACGCAUAGCAGCACCACUCAGAGUAAACAUGCUGUAGUCACCCCGGUCGUACAGUAAGAACCGCUCCUCUUGACGGGGUCUGCUCACAACUCUUCAAAAGGACGGCUUUUGUGUUGAAGUUGCAGCAAAACUCGGAGGAGGAAGCGGGAGAAAAAGAAGGAAGGAAACUGAAUACCUCUGUGUAUCUUCUUAUGCUUCUCAAAAACUCGCGGGUGCCGAUGCCAAGCUCUCUUGUCAACAACAUUAUUUUUUUGAAUGCGUAUGCGAACGAACCAAAUACAAUUUUGUGGAAGAGCAGGGCGACUAAUUUUGUUUCUGGUAGUAGCUAUGUGCUAAGCGAAGAAGAGGUCCCAGGGUCAUGUUUUCCAACAGGAUGUGCUCGUCAAUAGAAAAUAGCCUCAGGGCAAGGAAGUAAUCUGUAUUUUUGAAUCAGAAAUCAGUCCGACUUUUGGCCGGGAAGCAGUAGCGACGAAUCCGUCGGACUUUUUUUGUUUUGGGGAAACCAAUUAGAAGGCUUGUUCAUUUCUGGCAGGGCCACCAUCCAUCUCUUUCCUUCGCUGCCCGCCAACCACAAUAGGGUUUCCUUUGUUUUUCGUAGACCCGAAAGCUCGAUGCACUUUGUAUCCUCCGUUUUACUGCGAUGUAGGGAAACAUCCAAAGGACUAAUGAUUCAUAAGCACUCUUGAAUGCAAUGCGACAUUACAAUGCAAAAAUGUUCAUAAGUUGUUACGACAGGCGGGAAUGUGCAAAGCAAAGCCAAUGUUACACUGAAUUUAUACAUUGACUGACGAAUUGUGUGUACAAACAAUUUGAUUGAGAUGCAUUCGAACACUGGGAAGGGUGAAUCGGUUGAAGGAGCGUCAAAAGAAGAGGCAGGGGGUGGAAACUGACUUAAUAGCAACUAUUAUAUGUCGUAAUUAUCGGAUUCUUCCCUUGAAUAGAGAGAUGCAGAUAGAAAAUCGAAAACAGCUAAUUGACUGCUUUUCAGGUGGAUUUCGAUCGUGCUGAAAAACUUGCUUCACGCCUCGGCGUAUCGCUUUAUGAAGUGUCUGCAAAAACUGGUAUCCUUUUCCGCUUGUUAUCCUAAAAACGAUAAUUUUUUCAGGAAUCAACUGCGAGGAAGCUUUUCAUACGCUGACAGCUGCUAUGAGGGAGAGAAUAACGGCUGGCAGUAUGAAUUCGGACGAAUCGGAUGACAACGAGGUUAGUUAGACGAUUUCCUGCCAAUUUAUAUGCUAAUUUUGGUUGCCUUGCAUCCAAAUCCACAUCCAAUUGAUCUUCUUCCUUUUAGGAGUUCUCAUCCGCCUUCCACGUUGACGGAGUCAUCAAAAGCGACAAGGGAAAGUACACGUCGUGCUGUGCAAGUGCUCCGGAACCGGCAUUCGUCUGA